AUGUCUUUCCUCGUCUCUAUCCGAGCCUCAUCGCGCCAAGCCACCCGUUCCAACCUCACUGCCUCCAGAUUCCACACCUCAGCAGCGCGAAGCUUGGACGAGAAUGAUAGACACCGGGAAGAUCUUCCCAACCAUUACGAAUCCAACAAGCAAGAGAGUCUCAACGACAACAAGGAUGGGAAGGGAAAGUGGAGGUCCGAGCUGGCUAGUUCCAGCGAGCAGAAUGUAAGAGCAGAUCGGGGUGAAUUUAAUGGUGAACAUCCCAGUUUCGACGCCAUGCAGCAGAAGACGAACCACAAGGGACCCGGAAAUAAGUAA